AUGUCAACCUGCAGCGAUGAAAUGUCCGAUAAGGAAUGUCCCUUGUGCAUGGAAACCCUCGAACUAGACGACAUCAAUUUUUAUCCAUGCAAAUGUGAAUAUCAAAUUUGCCGAUUUUGCUGGCAUCGCAUACGAACUGACGAAAAUGGAUUGUGUCCGGCUUGUCGUCAGCCAUACCCUGAGGACCCCGUCAAUUUCAAGCCUAUGACGAGCGACGAUGUGCGGAAGCAUAAAGACGAGCAAAGGCAGAAAAAGCAAGCAGAGAAGACGAAAUUAUCUGACGCUCGGCAGCAUCUCUGCAAUUACCGCGUUCUCCAGAAAAACCUUGUCUACGUUGUGGGGUUGUCGCCUCGUGUUUCAGAUCCGGAAAUUCUGAAAAAGAACGAAUAUUUUGGACGCUAUGGUAAAAUCCAAAAAAUAGUGACGAGUGAGAAAGCGUCGCUCCCGGCACCGCAUCUUCCGCCUAGUCAUACAGCAUACGUGACGUAUAAACGAGUCGACGAUGCUCUUCGAGCUAUUAUAGGUGUACACAACUCAAUGCUGGACGGUAGGUUAGUGAAGGCGUCACUUGGGACGACAAAAUACUGUUCUUCAUUUCUGACUAGUCGGAAGUGUUUCAAACCGGUUGGUGAAUGUAUGUAUUUACACGAGAAUGCUGAACCUGAAAUAAGUUUUACAAAGGAAGACAUGCACUUGGGAAAACACACAGAAUAUGAGAAACGGUUAAUUGAUGCGCUGAGCAGCAAAGCACCACCACCACAAUCAUCACUUGCAUCACAAUUAGACAAGAUUCUCGCUCCAGCAGUAAAUACACAUUCAUCUCCAGUCAGACGGCCUCAUUCAGAAAUUCCCAGUGCAGACGUUGAACGAACAGGUUCAGCGACACAUAACAGCACAGAGGAACUCGAUGACGAUCGGGACUCAACGAAUACAAGCAAUUCUAUCGACGAUCCAGCUCCUUCAAAUCCAGCAGAUGAAACUAUCAGCAAUAAACGAAGUAAUGCAACAGCCAGAGAACGACAAUGGUCGGAACGAGACGAAGCUUCAGUCGCACCUAGUAACACACCUCCUACAGAUCCAGAAGGAAAUGAAAAUGAAUUUGAAGAAGAUAUUAAUAGGGGUGACGUCAACGAUUUAAUUUCUCGAUUGGAUGUAAAUGAGGACCGGCUGGACCGGACAUCGUUAUCAGAACACGAUUAUUUACACUCUGGAAUUCCUGCACCUGCAGUACACCAAGAAGCACCCGCACCACUUAUGCAAUGGGGAGCAUUAUUGGGUUUCUCUUCAGCAGAUACCGCUAUUGAUCCGCCUUCUCUGUUCCCGACGUUCAACGUGGAAUCUUUCAACUCGCAAUCAUUAUUUGGCACACAAACCUCAAACACAAACACAAAUACAAACUCGUUCAGAAGGGAACCUAGUCCUCCGCCAGGACUUGGUAAAUUCAGUUCAGAUGAUGAUCUUGGUUUCGACCCAUUCACUGAAUCAUCGAAGGGCUUGACUGCAUUGCUACGAGAAGAGCAGGAACAGGUCCCACCGCGACAUCAACCAGGAAACACAAAUGACUUGUUGAGACAAUUGUUCGGUCAGUUGCCGGAGCAGCGUCAACCAACCCAACAGUUCCAACAGAAUUAUCACCAACAACAGCAACACCAUCACCAGCAGCAGCAACAACAACAGAACCAUCACCACCAUUCCAUGCAGCAACAUCAAGAGAAUUCGUUACUGCAUCAAUUGCAUGCACAACAGCAACAUCAGCAGCAGCAGAUGGCAGCAGAUAUGCACAGACAACAGGACUUGUUGUACAGUAGAAUGCAGCAACAACAUCAGCAGAGACAGUACGACCAGAGUCUGAAUUUCUCCAGUCCGUUUGGAAACAUGCAACAUCAUUCCUCACAGCAGCAACAACAACAGCCUCAGUCAGCUAACCUUCUGCACGAGCUGUUCAAUCAGCAGCAACAUCACCAACAACAGCAGCAGCAGCAACAGCAGGCACAACAACAGCAGAUGUAUGCAGGACUCAAUUCCUAUAUGUACAAUGAUAUGAUGCGUCCGCGUGUGCCAUUUGGAAUGGCUCCACCACCAGGUCUCGGAGCUCCCAGUACGAACAGACCACAGAUGCAGCAGCAGCCACAACAAUCACACAUUUCUCAGCAACAGAGUAUGGGAUUGUUUGGAAUGGGAAAUAACAUGAUGCCUGAUCAAUCAUCACAACAAGGCCGAGAAGCACAAGACGCUUUCAAGGCAUUGCUACCAAAUGUGAAUGUCAGAUUUAUGGACGAAAGUCGUUGGUCGCAAGAGAACAGUCUGCGAUCGUCUACUGUUGUCCCUCCACCUCCAGGUUUCUCUUCGGUGAUGAAUCGUUAA